CACCGUCAGGCGGGCAGUCGCCAUUACAGGAGCGCUUACGGUUGUUUGCUCCUUCACGGGAGCGGGGGGGAAAUCCUACACCGAGCAGUGCCGCGAGUCCCCUGAGGGCUCCUAUUAACCGGGUCCAUCCCGCUCCCUGGGGCCCUCUGCUCCCGGACCCUGCACGUCCCGACGGGCUGCUGCUUCAGCCAAGGCCUUCCUCCCCUCCUGAUACGACGACUGUAGUGAGGCCUGCUGCUAUCGAGUUCACUGCUGUGUAGUGGGGCCCGCAGCGCCCGGUCUCGCCUCCCGUCAGUGGGGCCCCGCGCUCCCCGCUCUCCCCCGGAAUCUCCCCGUCAGCCUUCCUUACUACUUUUCUUUUCUUUCCUGGUUGGAUAUCAAGAUGUCGCCAUGAAUCCCGCUCUCCGUUACCCGCAGCGUCUGAACGCCAUGCUCCUGGCUCCACGCCGGCCCCUGCACGGUGCUUCCCCCGCCCUCCCUGCGGUCUAUGCCGCUGAGCCCGGCCUCAGACAUGGAGCCCGGAUCCAACAACACCAGCAAAACGCAGAACCGUUCGGGCUCUACUGGGCCUUCCGGGGACUCUAAGCCCAAGAAUGAUGGAAAAAAUGGCAGUAGCUCAAAGCAGCGAUAUAGCCGCAAACGUGAGAAUUCUUGCCCCAAAACUGAGAGCUUUGCCAGUCAGACCCGCCGCCCCGGUCCACAGAAAAGCAAGACUUUUAACAAGGUUCCCCCUCAGAGAGGAGGGCCCAAACAAUAUGCAUAUGGAAGAAGAGAAGAGGUAGCAGAAACUCAACGGGCAGAGUUUAGCCCAGCCCAGUAUUCAGGACCUAAGAAGAUAAGCUUGAACCACUUGUUAAACUUUACCUAUGAGCCACGUGGUCAUCCUGGAGCUCAUAGAGAUGGACAUGGAAAUUGGGGCAGAAGGAACAAAUGGGGCCACAAACCAUUUAACAAGGAGCUCUUUUUGCAAGCCAACUGCCAGUUUGUGGUGCUGGAGGAUCAAGAUUACAGUGUACACUUCACUGAUCCCGACACUCUUGUCAGCUGGGAUCUGGUGGAGCAAGUGCGAAUCUCCUGUCAUGAAGUGCCGUCCUGUCCUAUUUGUCUGUAUCCUCCUAUUGCUGCAAAGAUCACUCGAUGUGGACAUAUUUACUGCUGGGCUUGUAUAUUACACUACCUGUCUCUAAGUGAGAAGGACUGGAGUAGAUGUCCAAUAUGUUACAGCUCCGUUCUAAAAAAAGACCUGAAAAGCGUUGUUGCCACUGAGCGAAAACUUUAUGGUCUUGGUGACACCAUCACAAUGCAGCUGAUGCGGAGAGAGAAGGGUGUACUGGUGGCGAUGCCUAAAUCGAAGUGGAUGAAACUGGAGGAGCCGAUUCAUCUAGGAGAUGAGGAGCAUUCCUUGUUUUCCAAGCUGCUUUUGGCAUCAAGAGACCAGAUAGUCAACAAAGUGAUUUCAGAAGAGAAGGCUGCACUGCUAGAGCAGUACCGUAUUGAGGGUGAAACCCCAGAAGCCUGUUUUAUAGAAGCUGCCAUUCAGGAGUUGAAAGAUCGUCAGGAUAGUCUUCCGGCACCCAAUCAUAAAGUUGAAGCUGUUGCAGUUUCUAUGGAGGCUUUGAAGUUGGAGACAAAGCUUGAAGAGAGAAAUCCAGACUUGGAUAGUAAGGUGGUGCACUACCUCUCUGCUUUUGAUGAGGAGACAAUUGAGCCACUGGAUGAGGACCUUGGUGCGGCACUUGAGUCUGCUGAAUAUUGUGAUCUAGCCCCUGUAGAUGAUUCAACCAUUACUUCAGACAGUCAUCAGGAAGAAGUCCCUUCAGAAUCUGGACAGCUUGGGAACCUGCAUUACUACUAUUUUUACCAAGCUGUGGAUGGACAGCAUGUGUAUCUCCACCCUGUCAAUGUACGAUGCCUGGUUCAUGAAUAUGGCAGUCUUGAAAGAUGUCCAGAAACUAUUACAGCUACAGUAGUUGAAAUUGAUGGCUUCACAGUGACUGAGGACGUGCGUAGGCGUCACCGUUACCUGUGCCAUCUGCCACUUACCUGUGAAUUCAGUAUUUGUGAGAUGUCCCUGGGACCCCCAGCUAUUUCACAGGAAACGCUAGCAUACUUUUCUGAUGAAGUGGAGAAGAGAAAAAGACAACGUCAGCGGAAAGCUCGAGAUGAGCGACGCAGAGAGAAAAGGAUUGAGAUCGAAGAGAACCGAAAACAGGGAAAAUAUCCUGAAGUGCAUAUUGCACUAGAAAAUUUGCACCAGUUCCCGGCAGUCAGUUCUACAACAGAAGCCACAGUGCCUGGUUCACUGUCUUUGCUGCCCACAGUCGAGCCUCCGAGUUCUUUAACACCCUCUUCACUGAGCUGCAGCCCAGCCUCUCAAACCAGCUCUAUUUUUGGUCAAUGUGCAGAGAGCCCAACCGACUUCCAUGGAAACUUUGAAGAUGAUGUCAAGUGUCCUUCCUUUGCACAGAUGUUAAGGGUUGGCAAGGCAAAGUCUGAGUUGUGGCCGAAGCAUGCAGUAAAGAAAGAAAACCCAGUUAUGAGCACAGCACCUGCAGACAGUGAUGGGGAGAGUGACUGUUCUGAGCGAGUUCCAGUUCCAAGCUUCCAGAACUCCUUCAGUGAAGCCAUGGAGGCAGCCUUUCUAAAGCUAGACACUGCACUUCCAACUCCACCAGCACCUGUUGAAAAAGGAGGAAAGAGAAAGAAGAAGCAACAGAAACUUCUAUUCAGUACUUCUAUGGUUCACACAAAAUGAGCAGAACGCGUCUCAUGGGCUCAAUCUAUCUUCCCUUCAUCUUUGCGCACAUUGCUUGGUGUAACAUUUAAACUUUCUGCAGUAUUUAUGGUUGAAAACUUAAAAUUUUCUUAAUUUUGUCAUCUCUGCAAAGUGGGCUUUAUUUCCCUUCUCCCCCCUCCCCCAAUAGUUCACCUGGUCUGGGCCAAUUCUGCCUACACAGUACUAAUUAUACAUUCAGACAAAAUAGUGGUGGCACUACAAAUCCCAGAGUUUCUGGAUCUGAGACAAAUGUAUUUGGGUGAUCACUGAGAAGCAGCAACAAAUGGUGCUCAGCCAUGUAGGUAAAGAUGAAUGGCGGCACUUGCCUUACGUUGCAAUGUAAGGUGAGUGCUGCCAUUCAUCUUUAUUCAUUGGACAGUACUAAUUAUAGUUUCCUAGAUUGUGGAGCAGAAUACUGUACAUUAAUUGUCUAACCAUAAGGCCUCUUGCACAUGACGUAUGAAUUUUGUGGUCUGCAAAAUACGGAUGACGUCUGUGUGCAUUACGUAUUUUGUGGAACAGAACAGCUGGCCCCUAAUAGAACAGUACUAUCCUUGUCUGUUAUGCUGACAAUAGGACAAGUUCUAGCUUUUAGCGGAACGGCUAUACAGAAACCAUUUAUUGAAAUGAAUGGUUCCGCAUACAGUCCACAAAAAAAACUGGACACAAAAAAAUACGUUUGUGUGCAAAAGGCCUAACAUUGUGUCCGGGGAGGUGCAGGCUUAAUGCUUGGCUAAAGAAUUUAUAGACUUUUUGCCAUGAUGAAAGUACUCAAGCUGCUUAUCUGGUAUUGGAGCUGAAAAGGAUGGACCAGUGAAUUAACUAUUUUUAUUUUUUUAUUUUUUUUGUCCCACCCUUUGAAGAUUGACAUCACUCUGGUUGUGGCUUUUAUGUGAAGGGAAAUGAUUACCCCCCCCCCCCCCCCGACUGUAGUUUAAAUAAUAAAUUACUUGCAAGUUAA